AUGCAUUCAUCAUCGUCAACAUCACUUUCAUCGUUAACAGAUAAUACGAGCACGGAUGAUAGUGUAAAAGUGGCAAAAUUUCCGGUUAGCAAAAACAUUCCAAAUAUACCGGACAACUAUGAUAGUAUGAGAAUCAAUGAUGAAAUAACUGAGGAUGAAGUGGAAGAAGGAGAAUAUAUCGAUGAUGAUAAAAUGAUCAAUAAUGAUCAAUCAAUAAUUGUGAAAAAACAACUAUCUAUGCCAUUACUCUAUCAAAUGAAUCUGAACAAAAAUAAAAAUAUCCAUGGAACUGUAACCGGUCCAUCAGAUGAUAAUUUUCAUCCGAUAAAAGCAAGCGAAAAACUCCGGCAAGCUUUAAACGGCCUUGAUACCAAUGAAAAGGCAAUCAUUGAGAUACUGAUGGAUGAUUUAAAAGAUGAACUUGGUGGAUUCUUUUUGGAUACUAUUUCAUCCUUAUUUAUUCCAACUCAUUUCUACUUGGCCACUUUACUUCAUCAAUCACUUUGCAAUUAUAAAUUGAAUCGUGAUGUUGCAGUGGAAAUUGGUUGUACACGAACAACAACGCAAAUGAAAGCGAUCAUGAAUGCAUAUCGAAUGACAUAUUGUAGUACUCUCGAACGUGAUACAGUCAUUAAGGUGGAAGGAAUAUUUGGUGUAAUGCUUCAGUUGUUGCUCUGUUCACCUCGUAAUGAGCAAAUCAAUGAAACUGAUAUGCUGAUAGAAAAACACGUUGAUCUUAUUAUAAAGGAUUUAAAUGGAAUGGAAGAGAUAGGCCAUAAUGUGGAGCUAUUUGAGAAACUUUUCAUUGGUCAUUCAUGGCGACAUAUUGCUGCAGUUAUUGAUAAAAUAGACGCUAAACUUGGUGGUAAUGGACAUUUCAUUGAAACGCAAAUUAUCUACAAUGGAAAUAUUCCAAGCGAUAUCAAAAAUAUCCUUCUUACCAUAGUAACCACCAAAGGCCCACAGGAUCUUGAAAAAGGCUUGAUUGUUGGUAAACGUUGGAGGAUCAUUGAUAAAUUAGGUGAAGGUGGUUGCGGUGCAGUUUACAAAGUGGAAGAUAUUCAAACAUUUGCUAAAGCAGCAUUAAAAGCUGAAUCAAAUUUUGUUCAAGGUGGUAGUGUUUUGAAAUUAGAAGUGCAGGAUUAG